AUGGCGAUUAUUACUUCUUCUUCUUAUAAUAAAAUGGUUGUGGCUCUAGCAUUAGUCUUCUUGGCCGUGUUCACUGAGAGCUCCUCAGCUCAGCUCUCUCCCAACUUCUACUACAAAAGCUGCCCCAAGCUCCUUAGCAUCGUCAGAGCCGGUGUCCGCUCUGCCGUCGUUAAGGAAGCUCGCAUGGGCGCUUCCCUUCUCCGCCUUCACUUUCACGAUUGUUUUGUUAACGGUUGUGAUGGAUCAAUUCUUCUAGAAGAUACUCCUACGUUUAUAGGAGAGCAAACAGCAGCUCCCAACAAUAGAUCUGUAAGAGGAUUCGACGUGAUUGAGAAUAUAAAAAAACAUGUUGAAAAAAUUUGCCCUGGUGUUGUCUCUUGUGCGGAUAUUUUAACUCUUUCUGCUCGUGACUCCGUCGUAGCUCUUGGAGGGCCAAGUUGGAAGGUAAGAUUAGGAAGAAAGGAUUCUAAAACAGCCAGCUUCUCUGACGUCACUGGUGCUAUUCCUCCACCAACCUCGACCCUCGACACCCUCAUCAACCGAUUCAACACCAAAGGCCUCUCCCCUCGAGACUUGGUUGCCUUAUCUGGGGCUCACACAAUUGGGCAAGCAAAGUGCUUGUUUUUCAAGAAUCGUAUAUAUAACGAGAGCAACAUUGAUGAGUCGUUCGCCGAGGAGAGACAAAGAAACUGCCCAACAAAUGGAGGAGAUGACAAUCGUGCUCCUUUGGACUUCAGAACCCCAAAGCUUUUUGACAACUACUACUACAAGAAUCUCAUCGAGAAGAAAGCUUUGCUCCGCUCCGAUCAGGUGCUCCAUGACGGAGGAUCCACCGAUUCAUUGGUUGAACUCUACAGCGACGAUAGCGAUGCCUUUGAGUCCGAUUUUGUGGCGGCUAUGAUCAAGAUGGGUGACAUUCAGCCGCUCACUGGAUCACAGGGUGAGGUUCGUAAAAUUUGCAGCCGACCCAACUAA